CCCAGUGCUUGAACUCUGAACUGUCAUCAUUUAUCUCACGGAAACAUACUGGAGUUGUAUCAGCAUAUUUGUGCUGUUGCGACACAACAACACAAUGGCUUCUAACGUCUGCAGCGGCUUGUUACACACACACAGGAGUGUGACACGUUUCGGGAAACUAUGGACUAAAAGCGUAACAGCGAAUAUACUGCGACUUUUCUCAAGUGCAACGCAUACGAAAAGUGAACUUGGGAAUUCUACUUUGGCUCCACCAGACGUCAGCACUUCUGCGAAAACGGGAACAAGACUGGAGAGGAUGCGAGAGCACAAUGUUCCCUUUUCAUCAUUUCUGACGGACAAUUUUGGCCGGAGACACAGUUAUUUGCGCAUCUCCCUGACUGAGAAAUGCAACCUGCGCUGUCAGUAUUGUAUGCCAGAGGAAGGUGUGAAACUGACACCACGAGGCCAAUUGCUGUCCACCUUAGAGGUGCUGACUCUAGCACGCCUUUUUGUCAAAGAGGGCGUGGAGAAGAUACGCCUUACUGGAGGAGAACCGCUCAUCAGACCUGAUUUCCUGGAUAUAAUUGCAGAGCUGAAGAAGUUGGAGGGUCUAAAGACCAUUGCGGUGACAACAAAUGGCAUAAACCUGGCCAGACUUUUGCCUCCAUUGAAAGAUGCAGGCCUUAACCUGAUCAACAUCAGUUUGGAUACGCUCGUACCUGCUAAGUUUGAGUUCAUUGUCAGGCGAAAAGGGUUCCACAAGGUCAUGGAAGGCAUUGAAAAAGCCAUUGAGAUGGGCUACAACCCAGUCAAGGUCAACUGUGUGGUCAUGCGAGGCCUCAAUGAAGAUGAGCUGCUGAAUUUUGUAGCUCUGACCGAGACAAAGCCUCUGGAAGUGCGCUUCAUUGAAUACAUGCCAUUCGAUGGCAACAAAUGGAACUUCAAGAAGAUGGUGAGCUACCAGGAGAUGUUGGAUCACAUCAGGCAGCAGUGGCCUGACCUAGAAAUGCUUCAAACUGGACACACUGACACUGCCAAGACAUUCAAGGUGCCUGGCUUCAAAGGGCAGGUUGGAUUCAUCACCUCCAUGUCUGAUCAUUUCUGUGGCUCCUGUAACCGUUUACGCAUCACUGCAGACGGCAACCUCAAGGUGUGUUUGUUCGGUAACUCGGAGGUGUCGCUCCGAGAUGUGUUGCGCUCUGGAGCGUCUGAGGAAGAGCUGCUGCAAAUCAUCGGCGCUGCUGUGGGCAGGAAGAAGAAGCAACAUGCAGGCAUGUUCAAUAUCUCCCAAAUGAAGAACAGACCUAUGAUCCUCAUCGGUAGAACGAUGGUCCUGAACAGAGAGAACCUUAUGUGCCUUCAAGAUGUAACUGCUUCAGCACACCAUUUCUGCUUUAGAAACUUAACGAGUGAAGGCUACUAUCUUAAAGACAAGAAAGACACCCCACAUGAAACUGAGCACUUAAUUAAUGCAGAAGACCACUUGGAUGAGAUUAGUGGUGGUCAAUCUCCCCCCAUUAUUUACUUUAGCUCUGUGAGUUACACAACCCGAACUAAUGUGAGUUUUGGGUGCUUACCCACUUUGAAGAGACAAUUACUAAUGAAUACCAAAGUAAACUGGACACAACUUAGCGUGGGCCAAUAUCACAAUUACACUUCCAGCCAAGACUUCCAACUCACAACCUCUCAAUCUACAAGUGAUGCAAGCAGCCCUCAUCUGGAUGAUAGACCAGAAGCCCAACUGACGCACACAGAUGCCCAAGGCCGAGCAAACAUGGUGAAUGUUGGUCGCAAAGUCCCCACACGGCGAGUAGCCACAGCCCGCGCCACCGUGCUUUUGGGACCCAGUGCUUUUGGACUCCUGCAGGAUAACCAGCUGGCUAAGGGCGACGCUCUUGCCGUGGCCCAGUUGGCCGGCAUCAUGGGCUCGAAACAGACCUCAACUCUCAUCCCACUGUGUCACCCUCUCCCUUUAGAGCACACCUCGGUCACCCUGGAACUGGACGGGCUGCGGAACGCCGUGGUCAUUACGGCAACGUGUCGCACCACUGGCAGGACGGGAGUCGAGAUGGAGGCUUUGACUGCAGUUUCUGUAGCAGCGCUGACUGUAUAUGACAUGUGCAAGGCUGUGAGUCAAGACAUUAUCAUCACUGACAUCAAACUGCUGAGUAAGACUGGCGGGAAGAAGGACUUUCAGCGACCAUAACCUUGAAUUAAAAAUUUGACACGUCAGUGAUAGUGCUCUAAGUUACUUAUCAAGGUGAGAAACUGAGUGGGAAUCUCUGGUACUGCUAUAAACUGGUUCAAGUCCUAGCUUGAGAACAGGACAUACUUUGUUGUAAUUGGUAAGUGUCUAAUACCAAAUGGCUAUUCCACACAGGUCAAUCCUGGGACCCCUAUUGUUCAAUUUGUACAUGCUGCCAUAAGGCCAGCUAAUACGCAGCUACAGUGUGUUAUACCACAACUAUGCAGAUGACUGAUCUUUGUGUCACUGAUGAGAAGAGAACAUUGGCCUGUUGAUUCACUUUGUCAUAGCAUCAAACUGAUAAGUGUGUGGAUGAAAAAUAAUUUUCUUCAGCUAAACUUAGACCUAACUGAAAUCAUUGUCUCUGGCCCACAGAAGGAGAGAGAAAAUGUUACAUUUAGAUCCCCUUGCUGAAAAUGUAUUUAGGUUAGAAAUUUAGAGUGAUAACAGCCUCAGACUUGACAUACAAUCAAUAAUGUGAGCAGUGUUUUACUACCUAAAAGAUGUUGCCAAAAUCAAAGAAGUGUCUAAAUGAGAAAAGACUAAUCCAUGCAUUUGUCUUCAGCAGGCUGGACUGGUGUAAUGGUAUCACUGCGCUCUCUAAACAAGCUAUAAAGCAGCGCAUCCAAAAUGAUGCUGCUCGAGCACUGACUAGAACCAGGAAAUACAACCAUUUUAGUCCAGUGCAGUGCACUGGCUUCCUGAUGCUCAGAGAAAAUACUUUAUAAAACAGCUCUGCUUCUGUACACAUAUUUGUGUGGUCUUGCGCCAAAGUAAAUCUCUGACAUGUUAGAGCCAUUUGAACCAUCUCUGAGAAACUCUGGGAGUGAUCUCCUGCUGCUGCCUUGAGUCAGGACGGCAUAUGGUGAGGCUGCUUUUCAGUUUUAUCCUUCUAAAAUCUGGAAACAGUGAUUCAGAGGUUGUGAGACAAACCUUACUUUGGAAGUAUUGAAAUCAAUAAUUCAUGAUUAUUUUUAUGAUUUUACCAUAUCUGCCUUGCAAUCUGUAAUGCACUUUGAAUUGCCUUGUGUACGAAUUAUGCUCUAUAAAUAAAUACAUUUGCCUUGGC